UCCUAUACGUCAUAACUUGUGAGACUGCUGUUCGCUACGAACGUAUUGUCUCGAAAAGGCCCUGCACUCCUCAAGGUUUCAUCGAGGAGUUGAAGCGAAGACACACAUUGGCGGAAUGGGAGGAGAUCUUUGCUCCAUUUCUCAAAGAAGACGGCCAAAAGCUCUUCUGCCAGCCAAGAAUCUGGUAUACUGCUGUCAUAAUCGGUCCGAGCAGGACGCUCUGAUCGACCUGAGAGAGUUCAGCAUCCACUUCCGCCUCCACCACAAAAACCACAAACUCGAAGGUCUGACGUACGACGAGUACACUCGGAAUCUGUUCUACAGAACUAGCCAUUGUGUUGCUUGGGAGUGUAUCUUCCCGGAAGGCAUUGACAUGGAAGCUCUGUCACCAAGAGACGCGAAUGCGAAUAUUCGCACCAAGCAAGCGGCACCAAAAUCAAAGGCUGCUCCCGCAAAGUUGCCUCAAAAGGAGAAAGAUCAUCCUCCACCACCUCCCGAAAAUGUCCAAGAACCACCCAGUUCUGACCGACCAAAUGGUACUACAUACAAGUCGGGUCGUUUGCUUGGCAAAGGGGGAUUUGCAAUAUGCUACGAAGGAGAGCAGGUCGAGACCAAACAAAAGUAUGCACUGAAGAUCGUCAAAAGUCAUAUGCCACAAAAGAAAAUGGAACAAAAGUUUCAAACCGAGCUGCAAAUCCAUUCAAAAAUGAGACAUGCAAAUAUUGUGGAGUUUCACAGAGCAUUUUCCUUCGGGAAAUGCACAUAUAUUGUGCUCGAACUCUGCCCCAACGGUUCGUUGAUGGAUAUGGUCAAGAAGAGAAAGUAUAUUACCGAACCUGAGGUACGAUUCUGGACUGUCCAAAUAGCCGGAGCUAUCAAGUACAUGCACACUAGAGGCAUCAUUCACCGAGAUCUCAAGAUGGGAAACAUAUUCUUGGAUAAAAAUAUGAACGUCAAGGUCGGUGACUUUGGACUUGCUGCCCUCCUGAUGACUGGUAAGGACUGGAAGGACUGCCGACGGACUACGCUUUGCGGUACCCCUAACUACAUUGCCCCUGAAAUUCUUUCAAAGGACAAGGGUGGACAUGACCACGCUGUCGACAUUUGGAGUUUAGGGAUCAUUAUCUUUGCAAUGCUCACUGGAAAGCCUCCUUUUCAAUCUGCAACAGCAGAUGAGAUCUAUCGCCGAGCUCGGGAAAGAGAAUAUGACUGGCCCAAAUUGGAUACGUCUGAAAAUUUCAUCUCUCAAGAAACCAAGGAUUUGGUCUCAGAACUCCUGCAGCCCCCAGAACAGAGACCCGAUCCCGACACAAUCGUACAGCAUCCAUUCUUCACUUGUGGCUGGAUGCCACAAUCUGAAGAGAUGACACCUUUGCUUCGUGAUAAACAUCCGGAUCCGAACCAGUUUCUCUCGGUCGGGGCCCGAGGUGGAAAAACCAACUUGUACCUGCGGAACUUGAAGAAGCUGUGUAUCAAAUGUGAAGUUGGUCCGUGGCACAUAUCUCGCGGCGGUUAUAUCAGCACGUAUCGAGAAGUUGCGGAUGAGGAAAAAGCAGGCCUCACUCCGAAGGUGCCUCUACCUGAAGAUGUGGUGUACCGACCAUUCCAUGAAUGGCUUGAAGAGCAAGCAACGCCCCAGAAACCUGCCGGCCAACGUUCCUCUUCAGGGGCGAUGGAAGGGGUUCUGCCGCCGACUUCCAGUUUCCGCGCCGAGAAUCUUCCAUUACCAUCACAUACCAGACCCACAACGCAGAGCUUUGCAGCUCAGCAAAGGUCACGUCCACAGGUUUCUGCUGCCAACCGCACAGCAAAAUCUCGCCAGCCAGCCUCCGAGUCCAGCGUACGCUCUGGCCCCAGUAUUCCCAACCGAAGUACAAAGUCCACUUCUCGAAAGGUUGAAUCAAAGACUUCCGAAGAUGCAGUCGAUGUUGAGAAUCGACUUGCGGUAGACUUGGUCCAGGAGUUGAACUCUGCGGAGAAUGAGAGAAAAUCAUCGGAAGCAGAAGCUCCUACCAUUUCGUUGGAAAUCUCUGAAUCGUUAUUCAACCCGCAAGAGAAAUUGGAGUCGCUGCCUACCACAAAGCCAGACCACGUCCUUGAAGGUCUUCGACGCCUUCAGGUUGAAUUAGAGCGAGCGCUCAACAGCAGAACCACUGCCGUUGAGAACAAGAAAACUCCACCUGUCCCGACCAUCGUUGUUAAAUGGGUUGACUACACCAAUAAAUUUGGUCUUGGUUAUAUCCUGAGCAAUGGCAGUGUUGGAUGCAUCUUUAAAGCCACUGCGGCAGACUCGGAGGACCCCAGCAAAGGUUUGAUGCCUCCAUGCUGUGUGGUUGUCAGAGAUGCAGAGCGACAUCUACAGAAUCGGGCCAAUGAAGCAUAUGUCGACCGCCACCAAAUCGUGCCCAUCUCAGGGCCAAACAUUGAAUUCUACGAGAACAGAGGGGAGAAGGGCGUCUUCCGUGGUAAAGUCAAUCCUCAAAACUACAAAGUCCAGGUAACACCCGAGGGGGAUAUCUUGAGACUUGCUCGAGGACGUGAUGAUUGGGACAAUCGGAAAAGAGAGAAGAUUAUGCUGUGGAAGAAGUUUGCGAACUACAUGACCGCAUAUGGCAGAGACCAGGACUAUCCAUUCGAUGAUGCACUUGCUCGUACUCAAGACCAGGCGGAGUUUGCAGCUGCGGGGAAUGUUGUGACCUUCUAUCAACGCUGGGGAGAUGUCGGUUGCUGGUUCUUCGCCGAUGGCCAUUUUCAGUUCAACUUCCCCGAUCACACUAAGUUGAUUAUCUCGGCUGAUGGUACUUGGUGCGAUUUCUAUCAUCUUCCUCUAGAGGCUGCUCGAGACUUCGCUGCCAAAGGCACACUUCCUUCUUCGGCACUAGACGAUCGUCAACGUCUCUCUUAUCCUCUUCAAACAUUACUUAAUUUCAUGAGCAAGCCUUCUCGUGCAGCCAAGUCCACUGCUCGCAAGCGGAUGGAAAUCAACCCGAUGCUCCAGGGUAUUCCUGCAGCCAAUGACUUCCGGAAGAAAGUGGAAUUCAUUAGACUAGUGGUCAAAGAGUGGGUCCUCAAUGGCGGGUUAGGCAUCAGCGAUAUGACGCCUGAAGGACGUUUAAGGUGGAACGGCAGUCGAGAGCUGGUCAAUGUCAAGGUUCCUUACAAGCACGUCUGGGCGACAGUUGGUGGGAAGAAGGGGGACGAGCGGAGAGUCAUUUGGUUCAAUCCUCGGAAACCAAAUGAGAUUGUGCCGGACGUGAAAUGAGCCAUGCCUACAUUGAAAGUUAUCACUUCACUUGGAUGGCGCGUUCUCAGCAUAUUACAGCAUCCUCAGACUACAAGUCACCAGAAUGCAGCCCUUGUUGGGCAGCGAGAACAACACCGGAGACUGGUCGCGAGGAGGGUUUGCAUCACCAUGCGAUGCAGUUUUAUAUUUCAGAGCGAUUCAUGGCGUACAUGGGUUCCAGGUAUUUCAGCACGGAACAGGUUCACGCAUUCAUGCAUAGCGUUUGUGCGUCCGGCGCUGGAGGCUAGUUUUUUCUCAACAGUGAUUCCCGGCGCGUUUUUCUAUUGAUAGAGACGAACUGGUUCCUCUUCCCGAA